AUGCCCAUGAACAUAGAAAAGCUUGCCAUUUACGUGGAUUGGGGAGUGACAAUCAAGUUCUCAGAUCCAAUAGUAGAAAAAAAUGGAAUCACUGCAUACGCGCAUUGGCCUUGCAGAUCUCAAUACACUCUCGAGGGAAGCGCAAAAUCGAUGUCUGAAGCAGUAAACGACAUCGGAAUAGUUUUUUCAAAUCCAAACUUAAAGAUAACUAGACUUGAACUAAACAGAGGUUCUACCACUACGUACAAACAAAACCAGAAUGAAAUCAAUUUGUUCCAAGAGAAAUUCGUACAAUGCUUGGUCUCUAUGAUGUCAUCUCUUCCACACCAAAUUCACGUUGAAUAUGUGUUUCUGGAUUGCAUUGAAAUACUCCCAUUUUUAAAAAGCGAAAAGUUGAAAAUGAUCGAUUUGUCACCAAUGGAAAUCACCGAUGAUUCACUUCACAAAAUCGCUCAACUAGAGCAAAUUAAGCGUUUGCCAAUUAUUCGUAUUCUACCCAUGUUGGAUCAUGUUCCAUUUGAUAUUAUAUCGAACACUUCAAAGUUUGGCAUAUUCGUAAGGAACUUUCCGGAAUCUGAUUUCACUAGAUUCGUCGAGCAGAACCUGCAAGAAGAGAACUUUAAGUUUGGUCAGGUAAUCAUUGAUGGAAAUGGAAUAGGGUCUUGGAUAACAGAUUUUCUUUCGAAACAUCACGCUGUGAAAACCGACGAUGGAAGCAUGAUUGCAACACUCGAUGGACCAAAGUUCAAGAAUACUGUGGAAUUUGGAGAAAUUGAAGGACAGGAAACAGUUGUAUUCAAAAGAACUACUUGA